UUAAAUGUUCUUUAAUCCGCAGAUAAUUUCGCCAUGGAAUCACCAGUGAACGAUAGUGAAGAUGGCGAGGAAAGUCUAGCCGUGGAUUGUUUUCAAAAUUAUUCUCCGUCUGAGGUGUUUGUACAGAGUCUGGCGCGGCAAACAGACGAGGGAGACGUGGAAACCAUUUUGUGUCAUCAGCGAGACCUACUCUCGAGGUAUGAGAAGACAAAUGAAAUGUUGGUGAACAGCACGACGGUCUCUGCGAUGCGAAGCCAGAAUGCCGCCGUGGAUUUCAAACGACACGUGACGGUGUUGCGCGAAAUGAAGAAGGAUCUGGACUACGUGUUCCGGAAAGUGAGAGUCUUGAAAAGCCGCAUUAAGGACCGGAACCCGGAAGCUUUUGCAGUCGCCGAACGAAGCGUCAACUCUGGUCGACUCCGGUCCGAUUCAUCAACAGUUGACGAGGCUGACGAAGUUGAAGGAAAGACCUGACGGGUAACGUCACACACAUUUCUGAUGGUUUUAUCACUUAAUACUGAACUGCAUGUGCAAAGCAUUGGGUCCUGGAUAACGGAAAUCGUCAAUUCCUGCUGAAUUCCGUUGUGUGAAUCAAAAUUUCCCUUUAGGUCUUUUUUCGCGCGAUAAAAAAGAAAUGAAAAAAAAAAAGUAUUGCGUUCACAAUUUUUGGAGCCUUCUUUUUCAAUGUUUGAUCUGCUUUUGCAAAAAUUUCAGCCUCAAAAUCUGCCAAAAUAUAUGCAUUUUUGUCUGGAAAAUUUCAUUGCGUGAAUAAAUUUUUGUCAAUAAAAAUGUCGGCCUGUAACAUUUUCUUGGUCGAGUUUUUUUUUUCAAUACGGGUAUCAACUGUCCUCUAGGAAUUCCACUUUCUUGUGUGUGUUACAAAUAAGUUUGAUGUUGGUUUGAGAUUGAGAAUGCCAUAUAUUUCAAAUGUUUUUAUUGAGCUGUGAUGUAUAUCAACUAUUCGGCUUAAUGGUUGAGCAAUUCAAGUCAGAUGCUCGUCAUCAUCUCUACUAAGUUUUUGUUCUGGUUUUAUUCUUAGGUUAAUGAAAUUUUUGUUCUAAGACAGCGUUUUCUGUGUCCGCGUGAUUGGUGGACAAUUGCUUGUGUUAUUUUUUUUUUGGCAAUGUGGAACUUGAUUUACGGUCAUGUUUUGAUGUGAUGGAUGUUACAGUGUCGGAGCUUUAAAACAAAUUCUUGAAAAUAGACGGGAUGUUCCAUUCGAGAGAAAGAAAA